AUGCCAAUAACUUCAAUGGAGAAUUUAUCGAAUGAAUUGUUUUACGAAAUAUUCGAAUAUCUCGAUGGCUGUACCCUUUAUCAAGCAUUUUCGGAUCUAAGUCAUCGAUUUCAACAGCUUCUCAGCUCUUCAUUGCUUCGACUCAAAAUUCAAGUUCAUCGUACAGAACCAAAUGAGAUAACACUGAAUAACUAUAAUAAAAUAGUACUUCAUAAUAAACAACAAAUAUUUUCCAUUAGUCUAUGGACAUUCAAGAAAACUAAUCCAACGGCUUGGUCGUUUAAUUUUGAUUCAUCAUUUAAUCGUCUUGAAUCUCUUGUAAUCACUUCUAUUGAACCAGAUUUACUUUUAUCAACUCUUCCAAAAUUGGCUCUUUUACCACGUCUUUUCUCAUUGAAAAUCGAUGCGUGGCCUACUUUAGAAAAUCUUAGUAUUUUUUAUCAAUUUAUUUUCACUCUUCCAAAAUUAAAAUACAUCAGAUAUACGGCACUGGGUUCCGACGAUUCUAAUACAACAAUAUCAUUAUCAGCGGCUACUAAAGAACAAAUCACAUCUAUUGAAUAUUUUAUUAUUGAUCAUUUUUGUACUUACGAUCAACUUUCGAAUUUACUAUCAUACACACCAAAUCUUCGUUAUUUGAAAUAUUUGAAUCUAUAUGGAAAUAAUUCAGAUGUUCAAUCCAUUAAACCGGCUACAUUUCCAUAUGUAACACAUCUUUCAAUAAAUAACUAUGAAAUGAUGUUUGAUGAAUUCGAGAUAUUCAUUAAGAAAUUCCAUUGUUCACAAUUGAAAAUUUUAUCUUUCACUACUAUCGUUGACGAUUUGUCUUAUCUUAAUUCUGAUCGAUGGGAACAAUUUAUUUUGCAAAUUUUAACACAACUGGAAGAAUUUUAUUUCAAAUUUCAAGCAAGUCUUGAUAGUGAAUAUCAAACUCCACCAUACAGCGGAGCACAAAAUCCGUUCAUGUCUCAAUUUUGGAUUCAAAGACAAUGGAUUCUAGAUACUGAAAUCGAAGUUGACAAUAUAAUAUAUUCAAUCCGUCCAUACAAAAAGCGAUGGUAUGAACAUAAUGUACAAGGUAACACGAUGAAUUCGUUCGAUGAAUGGUCGAAAUCCAUGCGACUUGUUUUGUCGGAUGCGUAUCAAGAACAGUGGUGCAAAUCAUUAACCGUAAAAGAUUACAUUCAUCACGUGUUAACUGUAACACAGAUUUAUCAUUUGAACGUUACUUGUCAAAUUAGUAUUGAUAACUUAAGCAAUGUUUUACAAAUGUUACCUAAACUUGAUUCAUUAGAAAUAUACCGUUUUGUAUAUGCAGGUUCAGACGAUCCGCCCUUAGAAGACAUUCAAAGUCUUUUUGAUUUAGUCGCAAAAAAUCGAAUUACAAAACUUUAUCUUAAGACUAUCUUCUUGGCAGAAGAAAUUUAUUUAUUCAUGGAAAUUUUCCAGUGUAUUAAUCAACUCAAAGUUAAACUUAUGCAAUCUGUUGAUAUGGAAUCAUUCGUGCGAGAUAUUUUAUUGCAUUUAAUGAUGAAACCUAUUAGUCGACUUCAAUUUUUAUGUUUUUGUUUAGAAAUGAAACUUGACAAUAUUGACGUUCUUGAUUCUUUAUUUGGUAUCAGCAAUCAACGACUUGAUAUUGUAGCACAACAACAAAUCUUCAGUAACAUACUCAAGUUUGUUUCCAUGUCACAAUCAACUGAUGAGAUUUGUUCAAUUUCUGACUCAGUGCUAAAUCAAUUUUGUAUUGAUAUAUUACCAAGAAUUCAACAAAAUGUCAAAUCACUCAGUGUUGAAUCUGCUUCCAUCGAAUGCAUUCUUAGUGUUGGCAUCUAUCCUAACCUCACUGAACUUUAA